AUGGCAGAGCUAGAUUUAUUAAUCCGGCAGCGCGCGGCUGUUAAGGGAAAUCUUACGCGGCAAAAAUCAUAUCUAGAGCAAAUUCAAGACGAGGAGAUAAGCGAACGUAUAGUCGUGGAACUAAAACUAAGGCUUUCUAAGGUAGAAGUUUUAUUAGAUAAAUUUUAUGAGAUUCAAGAUGAAAUUGAGAGUAAAGUUGAGGAAAAUCAGUUAGGGGCGCAAGAGCAGGAACGGGAAAAUUUUGAAGUUUCAUUUUAUAGUACAGCGGCUGAUUUUCAAGAGAUUUUAAAUAGUAUUGAGACAAGAAAUGUUUCCCAGAAUGAUAGCAAUGGCAUGGUACCUACUGAAAAUGUAUCUUCGGUAGUACCGCAAAAAAUUGUACAAUUGCCUGCCUUAAAAUUACCUACAUUUAGCGGCCGAUACGAUGCUUGGGUCGAAUUUCGCGAUGCAUUUAAAGCGUUAAUACAUGAAAAUUCCGGAUUAACUAAUGUGCAAAAGUUUUAUUAUUUAAGGUCGUCCCUUAAGGAUGAUUCUUUGAAUUUAAUAGAGUCUAUACCAGUGUCAGAUUCUAACUAUCAGGAU